AUGGAAAUUAGUGAUAACACAAUUUCAGAAAAUCAAUCAGUGAAGAACAUACAACAGGAUGAAGAAAAAUUGGCGGAUGAAGAGUUGGAAGAUGAAGAGUUGGAAGAUGAAGAGUUAAAUGAAGAACAGUUGGAGGAAAAAUUAAUAGAAGUAAUAGAAGAAGAAGUGAUUAAGGAAGUAAAAGAAAUAGAGGAGAAUAAAAAAGACGAGGGAAUAGAUGAGCGUAUUGCGACAUUUUUGCAUGAGAAAGGUUUGAGUGAAAAUCUUAUCAAGACAUUGAUUAAUGCUGGUCUUACGGAUGAACAUAUCAGACUUUUAAAAGCUUUGAAUCUAAACGAUGAUGACAUCGACAGUUUGCGAGAUUUAUGGCGAACAAAGAUCGAAGUUAGCAAAAACAGCGAUUCUAGUAAUUCCUCUACGUCCGACGAUUUGUCAUCCGAUGAACGGUCACAAAUAUCACCAAAUAGUAUCUAUCUAAAAAAAGUAUUAAGCAAACCUUUGAUUCAAGCUCUUUGCGAAAUUGUGGCAAAGAAACCGACUGAUCCCGUGGAGUAUUUAGGUCAUUGGUUACUUCAUUUUAAGAUUUGUGAGGAACAAAUUAUGCAACAAAAAGAACGUGAAUUAGAACUUUUGAUCAACAGAGAAAAAUUUAAACUGGAAGAGAUUGAAGAUAAACAAAAUCUUCCUGUCGAGCAACAACAAGGAAGUGAAUUAGAACUUUUGAUCGAUAGAGAAAAAUUGAAAAUGGAAGAGAUUGAAGGCGAAGAUUUUUCUGUCGAGCAAAAUGAAGAGGAUGAAAUAUUCAGAGAGGAUGAAAACAAUGUCAAUAUUUAUGACGAUACGUGA